UUUUGAUUUUUUUCUUUCUCAAUUUUACAUAUACUUUUUUUUUUGGAGUUUUUUAUUUACAAAAAAAAUUCUUGAAUUUUCUCAUAGGAUUUUUUCUGGGCUUCAAUUUGCAGAAGAAAAAAAAUUCAACUUUUUGUUUUCUGGGUUGUUUUUUCCUUUGCAGAGAGAUAGUUAAUAUACUCUGGUUUGUAUACUCCAAUUAUAGCUCAAUAUUAAACACAAUUUAUAAACUUAAAUUUCUUUCCAAAAUACCAAAAAGCUCUUCUUAAAAUUGCAACUUUGCUCUGAAAAUAUAUAUUUUCAUUUUUGUAAAAACAAAAGAGAGAGAAAGAGAGAUUAUGGGAAAGCAAGGACCUUGCUACCACUGUGGAGUUACAAACACACCUCUGUGGCGAAAUGGGCCACCAGAGAAGCCGGUAUUGUGCAAUGCUUGUGGAUCGCGUUGGAGAACAAAGGGAACACUUGUGAACUAUACACCCCUUCAUGCUCGUGCUGAUGGUGAUGAGAAUGAUGAUCAUCACAGGUUUCAGAGAAUGAAGAGCAUUUCUUUCAGCAAUAAGAACAAAGAGACAAAGAUGCUGAAAAGGAAAGCACUUGACGAAAACAUCAUCAUUAAAAGACCACUCUUGGAAUUCAAUUAUGGUUUGAAGAAGGCUGUGUUAGAAGAGGAUGCUAGUAAUAGAUCAAGUUCUGGUUCGGCUGUAUCGAACUCUGAGAGCUGUGCACAGUUUAGCAGUGCAGAUGGGAGUGAGUUAACAGGUCCAUCUCAAUCUAAUGCGUGGGACACUACUGUUCCUUGCAAGAGGAGGACGUGUGUGGGCCGUCCAAAGUCCUCUUCUGUUGAAAAGCUGACAAAGGACCUUUACAAUAUUCUACAAGAGCAGCAAUCGUCGUGUCUCUCAGUUUCAUCAGAGGAAGAUCUUCUUUUUGAGAAUGAAAUGUCGAUGGUCUCUGUUGAGAUUGGACAUGGGAGUGUUCUGAUGAAGAAUCCCCACUCGUUUGCUCGGGAAGAAGAGUCUGAAGCCAGCUCGCUCUCUUCGAUUGAGAACAAGUCUUCCAUUAGUGAGGCAUACUCACAUUCUGUGAAGCGUGUUGAGAUUGGAGCAGAGAGAGGUUCAUACUAUGGUGGACAAGCAAUAAAGCAAGAACAGUUCAAGAGAACCAAGUCUCAAACUGAAAGAGUACAUGUCCUGGGGAGCCAUAGUUCACCACUUUGUAGCAUUGAUUUGAAGGACGUUUUCAACUGUGAUGAGUUCAUAAAACAAUUCACAGAGGAAGAACAAAAGAAACUGAUGAAAUUGCUUCCUCAGAUUGACUCUGAUAACCUUCCUGAUAGCCUCAGGAUGAUGUUCGAAAGUGCUCAGUUCAAGGACAACUUCUCUUUGCUUCAGCAGCUCAUUGCUGAUGGUGUCUUUGAUAUGUCUUCUUCCUCUGGGGCAAAACUCGAAGACUCCAGGGCUUUUAAGAAGCUUGCUUUGACUGAUUUAAACAAAUCUCGUUUGGUGGAAAGCUAUUACCUCCUCAAGGAACGAGAAAAAGAGACCGGAGAUUCUGUUACUACAACUGUACAAAAAAGCUCAAAUCUAAAUGUACCUAAGAAUAUUGUGACCAUUAAGAGGCGCUGUGAAGACCAAACCCAAUUAAAGUCAGAGUCAAGGGGGCUAAUGAGGAGCCCCAAAAGGGUGAUGAAGAUGAAAGCAACCCAUGAAAGAAAAGUUUUGACAGAGAACAAUGUCCCAUGCUUCAGCCCAAGAAGCUUGGCUUCUGUGUUUGCACAAGAAGGUGGCUCUGCAGUGUUUGGCUAUGAAGGUAAUUGCAGUUCCGAUCAAGAUCUCCUUCUUCUGGACUUGCCAUCAAACGGGUCCUUUCCUCAAGCAGAGCUGCUUCACCAACUGUGAGAGGUCAAAAGCUUCAGAACUCAUUGUGCUGCUUCUCAGAGCUAAAGGAAGGAUUAUUAAGCUCUCCUGAUUGAUUGAGAAUGAUGAGAGAGACUCUUAGGCUUUCUGAGAAAAACAACCAAAUGAGGUUUCUGCUAUAGAAAUUGGAAAUUUGCAGACAUAAAAAAGAAAGGUUUUUAUUUAGUCUUGGGCUUCUCUUUGGUGGUUAAGUUCUAUAAAGGUGGGUCUUAUAUAUACAUUUAUACAUAAAGCCUCUGCUUCUCCUAUCUCUCUUUAAGUAACCCUUUUUACUCGAAAGUUCCUUUUUUGUUUGGUACCUUUUCUUGUACUUUAAAUUGCUGCUGCUUCUUUACUUUGUAUAGGAUGAAAAGAUACUGUAAUAUCAUGUAAACCUCCCCAAAUGCAGAAAUGGAGUAAAUAAGUACAGUAUUAGUUUUU